GCGGAUUGGAGGUGGACUUCAUCACAGUCGACCAAUAAAACGAAAGAAGGGCUCUGGUGUAACUAGGUAGAGAGCGCGAGUGGCUUUUUGAGGUGGGACUGUACUGGAUCGAAUAGUAUUCCCAUCUCAUACGAAUUAGAUGCUUCAAAGCCGGAAGCAAUAUCCUAAUGCCCCAGCAUGAGGUGUCAUUUGUUUCAGAGACAUGAAUAAGUAUGAAAAGGUGAAGAAGAUUGGGGAGGGCUCCUUUGGGAAGGCGAUCCUUGUGAAAUCCAGGGAGGAUGGAAAACAGUAUGUCAUCAAGGAGAUUGGCAUCUCCCGGAUGUCCAGUAAGGAGAGACAGGAGUCCAGGAAAGAGGUGGCUGUUCUGGCCAACAUGAGUCAUCCCAACAUUGUCCAGUACAAAGAAUCAUUUGAAGAGUGUGGAUGUCUGUACAUCGUAAUGGAUUACUGUGAGGGAGGAGACUUAUUCAAGAAGAUCAACUCUCAGAAAGGAGUGCUGUUCUCAGAGGAGCAGAUCUUGGAUUGGUUUGUGCAGAUAUGCCUCGCUCUGAAGCAUGUACAUGACCGUAAGAUCCUCCACAGAGACAUCAAAUCACAGAACAUAUUUCUGACAAAAGAUGGAACCAUACAGCUUGGAGACUUUGGGAUUGCCAGGGUGCUGAAUAGUACUGUGGAGCUGGCCAGGACGUGUAUCGGGACGCCAUACUACCUGUCACCUGAGAUUUGUGAAAACAAACCUUACAACAACAAAAGUGAUGUUUGGGCCUUGGGAUGUGUCCUGUAUGAAAUGUGCACGCUAAAGCAUGCAUUUGAGGCGGGCAACAUGAAGAACCUGGUUUUGAAGAUCAUACGUGGCUCGUACCCACCAGUGUCGAUGCACUACUCCCAGGACCUGCGCACCCUUAUGGGCCUGUUGUUCAGACGCAACCCCCGGGAGAGGCCCUCCGUUAACUCCAUCCUGGACAAACCGUUCCUGUCCCAUAGGAUUUUCAGGUUCCUCACUCCAGAGAUCAUCGCUCAGGAAUUCAGCCAUAGCUUCCUCCACAAGCAGCCUAAAGCAGGUGUGGCGCAUGGGCCACCAGCCAAACGUCCCGCCCUUGCACCCGUGCCCCUAACCCCAGUCCAGAGGAUCACCAAACCAGCCGCCAAAUACGGAGUGCCUUUAACUGUCAGGAAAGCCUCGGACGCCAGGAAACCUGCUGAGCGGAAACCAGCCGUCAAACACAAGCUGGCCCCCGCCCCCCUCCCAGCAGCGCCCCAGAGGAGAGUGAGUCGAGUGGAGGAAGAGAGGAGGAGAUAUGAGGAGGGUGCCAGGAAGAAACGAAUGGAGCUCAUAGAGAGAGAAAGGAAGCAGAGAGAGCAGGUGUUUCUGUUGAAGGCUGGACAAAUGAAGAGGUUUGAGAGGGAGAAGAUAAACCGGAUCAACCGGGCCCGAGAGCAGGGCUGGAGGCACGUCCUGAGCUCUAGUGGAGGCAGUAGUCCGGAGAGGAAGUGUUUUGUAGGAGGUGGCGGCAUGAUGGCUGGGUUUGCAGGUCAUGUCCCAGGACCUCUGCUCCCUGCUCCAUGUCCCGCCCAGGGCCCAACUCCUGUACAAGCACCCAGAAGCCCAUAUGAACACUACCAUCCUGCUCUUGACCAGCAGUUUAAACCCCCAACCAAAGAGGGCGCCAGAGAGGGAGCCCAACCUACAGCAGGAGGAGACACUCCUGUUAGGGGCGUUCCUGCUGCUGCUGGCCCAGUGCUGCCCAACGACCCCGCUCCUCUCCCAGACCCUGAGGUGGUGAGGGAGCUAAAGAGGUGGGAGCAGGUCACCAGACAAGCUCAUUUUAGCAGCUGUGUCUCCGGGCAACGGGGUCACCCGGCAGCUGAACGAGUCAAUCAGGUUCAGGAGUUCCUGCAACGUAAAAGAGAUGCCAUGCUGAACAAGGAACGCGCUGAGGGACAGCUGGGUGCCCGGCAAAACCUGGCAGCCAUCUACGGUCGCUCCACCACCAGGAGACUCAAAGUCAACAAAGAGGAGGAGGAGUACCUGUCCCGGCUAAGACAGAUCAGGCUACAAAACUUCAAUGAGCGCCAGCAGAUCAAAGCACGCCUCAGAGGAGAGAAGUAUGACAGCGAUGGCUCCGACAGCCAGGAGUCCUGUGUGGAGGCGGAACUUAGGAGAAAGAAGAUUGAGGCCUUGAAGGCCCAAGCGCAGGCCCGUGCUUCUGUACUGAAGGAGCAGCUGGAGAAGAAGAGGAGAGAGGCCUAUGAGAGAGAGAAAAGGGCCUGGGAGGAACAUCUUGCGGCUCGGGGCGUGAAGGUUGGCAUGGUUCCCGGAUGUGUAACCCCAGCAGUAGCCCCGCCCUUAGGGCCUCCCUCCCAACCCGGCCCGCCCCUCCCCGUUCAGGAGCCUCCCUCCCAGCCCGGCCCGCCCCUCCCCGUUCAGGAGCCUCCCUCCCAGCCCGGCCCGCCCCUCCCCGUUCAGGAGCCUAAACCCUUCACCACUGCCAUCUCCAUGACUGCUGCCCUGAAGGACGUGGGAGCACAGCUCACAUCUGGGGAGAACUCUCCUUUAAAAGAGGACUCUCCUAAAACGGAUGCAAUUCAGAAUGAGAAGAGGGAGAUCCUACGUAGGCUUAAUCAGAACCUGAAGGCCCAAAUCCCUGAGGAGGAGCGGUCAGACAAACCCCCGGAAGGAGAGGGCCUUGCCCCCCAGCGGAGCCCGCCAGUCACAGAGGAAAGGUCACACUCUGGUGGGGACAGGAAGAAAUGGGAUGCUGGUGUUCCAGCUGUCAUCUCUCUUGCCCAACAGACAUUAGAAGAAACCUGCAUCAGAACCACAGACACCCAGGCUCUGUCAGCAGAAGUGAGACUGCCCUCUGGUGGCGACAGGAAGAAAUGGCAGCCUGUACCUCCUGCCAUUCUGUCCGUAGCUCAGCAGACCCUAGAGGAGACCUGCAUAAGGACCGCUGAGCAGACAGUGGGGGAGGUUAUUCGUAUGGACAUGCUACAUGAUGACGCCCCCAGAAAGGCGUGGGGCCGGAGCCCGGAUUCUCAGUUGCUGAAAGUUCUACAGGAGGCGGAGCUGCAGCCUGUUACCCAGCUGCUGGGGAAUGUCAGCAUCUGUGAAGAGAAACCAACUGACACCCUUAAGCAGAUCGCUGAGAUGGUUGGUGUGAGGGACGUUAAGGAGGUCACAUGCCCUGAGCCUAGCCCCCUUCCUGUGACACCUGUCAUUCAGAACACAGCGGUCAAAGGUCAGGAAGUGUGGUCGACCUCAGUAGAAGCGACUAGUGAGGAGACUAGGCCAGCUCUGUUAGAAGAGAUGCUCAAGACGCCACCUAAACCCAUAGAGGUGGACGAUCCAGCAGACUUGGAAUCCCUGGUCCUGGAGGAGGGCCUGAAGCAGGUCGCAAGUCCCCCAUCUGGAGUAGUGCAGGCAUGGGAGAAACAGGCUCUACCACUGGGGCCACCAGAGGGCAGUGUAACACCAGCAGAAACCAAGGAGGUUGGGGAGAGAGCGGAGAAACUUCCAGAACCCUCAGGCGUAGCCCCAGCGUGUGAGGAGCCUCUGUUUGUGAAGCUGUGCUCUUCCCCGGCCCACCGUCGUACUGUGGCGUUGGCUCUUAUGUCGGCCCAGUCGUCCAUGGAGGACUCUUCCUCCUCUAUAGCCUCGCGCUCCCGCUCUGUCUCCCCACUCCGCUCCAAACACCACAGUGCCCUCCUCAUCGGCUUGUCUACCGGCCAGUUUGACGCCAAUAACCCCAAGAUGCUGCGGACGUGCUCUCUCCCAGACCUCCGCAGACUGUUCAGCUCUCUACAGGAGGUCAUCGGGGCUGUUGCCCCUGCCAACCAUGAUAACAAUCUGGACACGGAGGACACGGAGGAGGAAGAGGCCAAGGAGGAUGAACAGUCAGAGACAGAGGAUGUAUAUGAUGAUGAAGACCUGAGGGAGCUAAGGGCCUCAAUGGAGAGACUCCUGCAGGAGGAGCACAGUGAGGAGGAGGGUGAUGAUGAUGAUGAUGGAGAAGAAGAGGGCGGCUCAGGCUUUAACAGGAGCCCCCCCGUAGUAGUGGGAGUAGAAGGCCUGAAUGGCAACCCUACUGAGGAUGAUGAUGAUGACGAUGCUGCUGAGGUAGAGGAGCGGAAUGGGAUGGAUGAGGAUGAGGAGGGUUCUAAUGAGAGUCCAGGUGAUGAAGAGGCAGGACACACAUUCACCAAUGGGCUUGCGGGAGAAGAACAACACAGUAGUGAGAGCCAGCUCAAUGAGGAAUGGCAGUCAGAUGAGAGCGGCGGGGAGGAAGACUGUGAGGCUGAACAACAGGACAGCAUCUUCAGCCGUCUGGAAGAGCUGCGCUUCAACCUUGAGCAGGAGAUGGGCUUUGAGAACUUCAUAGAGGCCUACAACAAGAUUAAGGCCAUUCAUGAGGACGAGGAUGAGAACAUUGACAUGGGUCCCAACAUGGUGCUAAACAUCCUGGGGACGGAGCACCAGCACCUUUACCCCAACAUCCUUCACCUGGUCAUGGCUGAUGGAGCCUACCAAGAGGAUAAUGAUGAAUAGGGGAUGAUUGCGUCCAAGCCGCUGGCAUUUGGGGACAAUCUGCUGGACAUCUGAUGUCUUCCCAUGGAGCUUGCAUGUGGCAGACCACUGUCUGCACGGAGAGCUGGACUGUAGUGGUACGAGCCCUGGUCACACCUGCAUGAAUCAGUAGGAUAACCAGUACUUCAGUGUCUGUUUUAUGUCCACUUCCAAAACCUGACACUCAUUUCUUAACUAUGUUUUCAUUUGAAAGUGCAUUAUUAUUGGUCCUUUCUGGUAAACAAAGUUCAGCUGAAGGUUUUGUCAAACAUGGUGUCUGUGUCUGUUGGAAUGUGGACCAUCACCAUGACACCAUUUUAAAUGGUCCACUCAAGUGUCUACUACAACAACCUGGUCAAACAGGAUUGGACCUCCAAAACGUCAGGUGAUCUUCCUAACGCCAUUCUUAAAAACACAAACCAGGUUCUAUAAACAUGCCAGUCUUUUUUUCCAUUAUAACCAGUUGGACCUCUCUUUCGUACUUAGUUUUUCAUACAACAAAUGGUUAAAUGAUAUCUACAGCAAAUGUCUUACCAGUUCCGUUUGUCAAUGCUUGAAACGUGGUUCAGCUCAAAAGGAAGAUGUCGUUUUAGUUUGAGGUGGAUGUUGCCACGGUAGCAGCCGCACUGGAGUGCUACUUGUGUAGUAUGACAAGUAAGAUUAACUCUGUCAAGAGUGUUGUAAAGAUAGAAAUUAAUGAUGGUGAUUUUAAAGCAUUAUUCUUAUAUGAUAAUAAAGAAAAUAUUGUAAUAUGACAAUAAAUGCACACCUUUUUUAA